AUGUUCAGGCGUUGGCGUACUUUGAAGUCGGAUAGUCGCUCAUCACUAGCGAAGAAGACUAGCCACAAAAAGCGUUUAUUUUGGAAAGUGCGACAAAGUUCAUUCUAUCGAUGGAACAGUGAAAUCGAUGAGAGACCAAGUCGGUCUAUUAUACAAAUUGCGCGAGUGCCCAAAAGUGCAAGAGAUCAUGGUCUUUUUGGCGUGGCCCUACCAUCCACAGAACAAUACACAACCGAUACCGUGCCUCAAUGUCCAAAAACUGGGUCGCGCUGA